AUUUACUCUUUUUUUCAGGGUCGGUUCUUGCUCAUUGAAGCUCUGACUCUGGAACCCAAAUGGGGUGGUUCUGGGAAUUUAGCAUUUGAAAUACCAGGAGCCUUGUUGGAGGAGCAUCCUUGUGGCAUGUUGGAUUGUGGUUACAAUGUCCUGUAAGCAACUUCCUCUUCAUUUUUAGCAAAAUUUUCAGAGAUUUGACUUUGGCUUGUUGGCUUUCACGUUGGAAAUGUUGGAUGCAAUCCUGACGAUGUCUUUCCAGACGCUGAACUAUCCAUCUCAGACAUUUUGCUAUGCAAACACACCAAGAAACAAGUACAAGGCAAGGUCUUAUCAAGUUCAAGCUAUACCUCCAUCAUCAGUUAUUCUGAGUGCAGAUGAAAGUGGGAAGUUUUCUGAUAAUAAGAAGGCUUAUGGCUCAAAUCUUACUUCCAGAAGGGGUGAAUCUGUUAUUCCUUUGAUCAGUGAAGCAAAUACCGUGGGCAUAGUUGGAGGCGCUUCUGUUGAUGCUACCCUAAAAUUUUUGAGAAAGCUUGUGGAGUUGAGUUCUUCAGAAGACGAAGAUGGAAUAAGUUCCCUUCCUUUUGUAAUUUGUUCUGAUCCUCUGUUAAAUAAGGAGCUUAUGUCAUAUGAGAAGAGUCACUUCUUGUCUGGCAGAAGUAAAGCCGAGAGUUUGAACAUGGAUGCUUCUCCAAUUGCGCGUAAUAUUAGGAAUAAAAGGAUUUUUCUUGAGAAAUCUGGGGCUUGUUGCAUAGUAAUGCCUUGUCACUUGUCACAUUCUUGGUAUGAAGAAGUAUCUCAGGAAUGUUCUGUUCCUUUUCUUCACAUGGCAGAAUGUGUUGCUAGUGAGCUCAAGGAAGCUAAAUUAAGGCCACUUGAAGCUGGUAGCCCCUUGCGGAUCGGAUUGCUCGCAACCAACGCUACUCUAGCAGGCGGAUUUUAUCAGGAGAAGCUUCAGAAUCAAGGGUUUGAGGUUGUGCAGCCAGAUAAAGCAACCAUGGAACAUACAGUGAUACCUGCAAUCGAAGCUUUGAACAGAAGGGACAUGGAAGGUGCAUGCAAUCUAUUGAGAAUUGCUCUUCAAGUUCUUCUGGUCCGGGCAGUGAGCUCUAUUGUCCUUGCUUCUCACGACAUGUGGGAUCUCUUGCCUCAAGAUGAUCCUGUUCUUAAGAAAUGUAUCGAUCCCAUGGAUGCCCUGGCUCGGUCAACUGUCAAAUGGGUAAAAUCUUCUGCAGAGAAAACAUAGGAAAAUGGAAAAUGCCCAAGUGGUUCCUGUAUUUUCAGUCUGUUGCUAUAUUGGUGAUCACCUGUCUGUCGUUAGAGUGAACUUAAACACGUAUUCUUUCUGUAUAGUAGUAUGUAAAGUUUUCUUUAAACUUGGGGUUACUUGCAAAUAAACCCCUAUGCUUUCAAAAUAAAAAAUGAGGUGCUCAAAUGCUACAUCAGAUUCUCCCACAUUGAACAUGUUGGCUUCGGGGGGCAGAUGGAAACUUGCCGUACCUGAA